GAUCAGCAGCAACAUGUGAGUGGGACUUAUCACUUUAGUCCGAGCAUCCCAACGUCCCUGUUUCGUUCUGCGGGCCUUGAAAGAGAACCCUGCUCUUGUCGCUACCUGCAACGCUGGAAGCGCGAGACGAGUCGGGAAGGCUGCCUCUUUCACUACCGUAGUCACUUGUCGUGCUCCCUCGGUCGUCUCGUGCUCUUGAUCCUUCCCAAUCGCUGCGGGUCUCUGCUUUCCAGCGUACCUUGCUCCACAGUACAGUCAAAAAAGGCUUACAGACUUCACUGCAUUGUGUCGCGAAAGGAUCACGAAUCAGCGGAAGGACACGAGCAGGCGACGGCCUCAACGUAGCUGUGUCGAGCCCGAGGUCGUGUCGCUAAUCCGAGAUCCCGUUGCGAUCCGAGAUUCCGUUGCGAUCCGAGAUUCUGUUUGCUGAUACGUGAAUCCGCCUGAGAUCCGAUCGCCAUGGCAGCGGAUUCUGGGCCAUCUUCAGGGCCCGUAAUCCGAGUGGGAGUGCUGGCGCUGCAAGGCUCCUUCAGAGAGCACAUCGCAGCUCUGCGCAGGUGCGUGCUGGAUAUCAAAGCAGCGUCGUUCGAGGCAAUCGAGGUGCGCACGGACAGCGAGCUGCGGUCUGUGCAGGCGCUUAUUAUCCCCGGUGGCGAGAGCACCACCAUGGCGAAUCUCGCGCAGCGAUGCGGACUGCUCGGCGCGCUUCAGGACUUCGCAGCCUCGGGCCGGCCCGUGUGGGGAACGUGUGCCGGGCUCAUCUUCCUUGCAAACAAGGCGCUAGGUCAGAAGUCGGGCGGGCAGGCGCUGCUGGGAGGGCUGGACUGCACGGUGCACCGCAACUUCUUUGGCAGCCAGAUCAACAGCUUCGAGACUCUCCUGCCCUUCCCCCACCACACUCUGCAAUCCACCACCACCACAUCAUCAGCAUCAGCAGCAGAAGCACCGCCCACACCUCCCCAAGCAGACCCAUCCCUCCCCCACUCCUCUCCUGAUUCUUCCUCGCCCUCCCCCGACGCCUCUCCAUUCCGCGCCGUGUUCAUCCGAGCGCCCGCCAUCAUCCAAACCGGCCCUGCUGUGGAAGUGCUUGCAGAGUACCCCCUCCCCAAUCGUGCCUCUGCUCUCGCCACACCUGCUGGCGCGGCAGCACAUGCAGGCGCUGGUUCGGCCGAGCCUGCAGCCACCGCUUCGGCCGUGCCUGGCCAGAGUGCUCAAGAGCUCUCCGAGGCUGAGAUCCUAGAUAAGCUUGACCGAGUGGCAGUGGCAGUGCGGCAGGGCAAGCUACUGGCUACAGCAUUCCACCCAGAGCUGACUGCCGACCUCAGAUGGCAUCGGCUGUUCCUCCAGAUGGUUCUAGACGCCCUCCAGUCUUCCCCGGACCUGGCUACCGAACCUGCAUCUCAAACCGCUCCCCCCGGUUCGGCAGCCAAGCUGGCUGCAAGCAGCGUGCCCAAUGUAGACCCAGGUGACCUGCCGGUGUUUGGUUCGGCAUUGAACCUCGAGAUCGAGCUCAAGCCCAUGCCGCAGUAGGUUCGGCAACAGGCUGGGCAAGCUGGAACUCAUGUCUGCCUAGAACUCAAUGUCAGAAAGACCACCUCUUUAUUAGGCCCUAGGCCUUUAUUAGCACACCCUAGGAGAAAGUAUCUUAAUGUCACCACCAUUCAUGGAUACUCUCCCGUCU